AUGUCUCUGUUUGGAAGCCAGCAAUGGCAGAUGAAGCAGCAGAAUCCCAUUACUCACGUGUGUGGAUUCUAUCAUACCUUUCAUGACAGACCUGGCCGACGGUUUCUGGCACCCCUUUCGAUCAACGCCCAUGCCACCAUUAUCGCUUCCACCAGUCGGACAACUCUUACCCAAACUUUUCGAUCGCCCUCGUCCCCGGUCAAGGAACUGAAAUAUGCGUUUCCUCUCUAUGAAGGCGUUUCAGUUGUGGGUUUUGUCUGCACCGUCAACAACGACCGCGUCAUCCACGGAGUCGUCAAAGAACGCUCUGAUGCACGCCAGACUUACGACGACGCCGUAGCUCAAGGCCAGGUCGCCGGUCUGCUAGAGCAGACGUUCGAGGCCAGUGACGUCUUCACCACCACUAUUGGCAACAUACCAGCCGAUGCAAGCCUCAAGGUCGAGAUCACAUACCUGGGUGAACUGAAGCACGACGCUCAAGUUGACGGAAUCCGCUUCACAAUUCCAACCAGCAUAGCACCCCGCUAUGGCAGCUACCCUGGUGAUCUGCUCCAAAGCACCCAGUUUGGUGCAACAAAAGGGAUCAGCAUCACAGUUGAUGCCGAGAUGCCCAGUGGUUCCCAAAUCAAAAGUGUCCAGUCCCCGUCUCACCCCAUUGCCGUUACCGUUGGCAACACUUCGGUUGGCGCCGCAAAGGGUGCCGAGAUGUCUCUCCAGAAAGCUUCAGCAACUCUCUCCCUGGGAACUUCCGAGCUGGACAAAGACUUCAUUCUCCAUGUGGUGGCCACCAACACCGCCAACCCUGUCGCUGUGCUUGAGACCCACCCCACCAUUCCCAACCACAGAGCCCUGAUGGCGACGCUUGUGCCCAAGUUCAACCUUCCUUCUUCGAAGCCUGAGAUUGUGUUUGUCUGUGAUCGUUCCGGAUCCAUGGGUGACGGCAAGAGAAUUCCGAACCUCCAGACCGCUUUACAUCUGUUUCUGAAGUCUUUGCCGCUUGGUGUCAAGUUCAAUAUUUGCUCUUUCGGCUCCCAUUGGGACUUCAUGUUUCCGGAGGGCUCCCGUACUUACGAUGCCAGUAGCUUGGCCCAUGCCACCCAGUAUGUCAACAGCAUCUCGGCCAACUAUGGUGGUACCGAGAUGCGCAUGCCCCUGCAGGACACCUUCAAGAGGCGGUACAAAGAUAUGGAUCUUGAAGUGUUCAUGCUGACUGAUGGUGAGAUCUGGGACCAACAGCAAGUCUUCGAGAUGAUCAACACGCAUGUGGCGGAGAGCGAAGGUGCAAUCCGUGUCUUUUCUCUGGGUAUCGGCAAUGAUGUGAGCCAUGCUCUUAUUGAAGGGAUCGCGCAGGCGGGCAACGGGUUCUCACAGUCGGUGGCCGAUGACGAAAGCAUGAACAGCAAAGUUAUCAGGAUGCUCAAAGCUUCGUUGACGCCUCAUGUGAAGGACUAUACCCUGGAGAUCAAGUAUGGUAAAGAGGAUGAGUCAGGCUCUACGACCGAGGUUGACGACGAUUUUGAGCUUGUUGAGAGGGUUCAAGAUGCCCUUGUCAUUGAUGUGGGUGAAGUUGACUCGGAGAAGACACAACCAGAGCAAGCGCCCGAGCAAGCGCCAAAGCAACCGAUUUCCCUGUUUGAUGAGGCGGCUGAUUUUGACACUGAGACGACGGAACCGGGACUCGACACCUCUGCUGGUGGGAAGUAUUCUCACGUGCCCAAGGUCGCAGAGCCCAAGAUUCUCCAGGCUCCCUUUGUCAUCCCUCCCCUGUUUCCGUUCUCGAGAACGUCAGUCUACUUGCUUUUGUCCCCGGAGGCUAGCCGCAGGACUCCCAAAUCAGUGGUCCUUCGCGGCACCUGUCCCAGUGGCCCACUCGAGCUUGAGAUUCCUGUGACUGUUCUUGCUGAGCCCGGAGAGACAAUCCAUCAGCUCGCUGCUCGCAAGGCAGUCAGAGAACUUGAAGAAGGUCGCGGUUGGAUCUACCACGCCAAGGACUCCAAGGAGAAGGAUGCUGCCCUUCUUCGUACCAAGCACUUUGGUCGCUUCUCUGACAUGGUGGAACGUGAGGCUGUCCGGCUUGGGGUCGAGUAUCAGGUUGGAGGCAAGUGGUGCAGUUUUGUAGCGGUAGAGAAGGACCAAGAUGUAAACAUGUUUCGAGACUUGACCGCGCAAGCAGAACACAAUGUGCGGCAGGGUAGCCAAUUCCAUCAAGCGCUUUAUCAACAAGAACAUCUUCGACGGGCGAUGACAAAGACAGCAUCUCCUUUUGGUCAACAAUUCCAAGCUACCGCAAGCACUCAGCAAUUCCAACAGGCCCAACGAGCCCAAGGUUUUGCAAGCGCUCAGUACAGCGGCUCGGGAGGAGGCGGCUUUGGUGCACAAGCCAAGGCUAUGUCGGGUGGCCUCUUCGGAGCCGCCAUGCAUCCAGCUGGUGGAUUGUUCGGAAGCUCAUCACCAUCCGGAGGAGGACUAUUCGGCAACGCCUCGGCCCCUCCCCCACCUCCGCCCUCUGGAGGUGCACUCUUCGGAGCGUGCGCUCCUGCUCCGGCUGCUCCGGCUUCCCUGUUCGGAUCUGCAGCACCACCUCCCCCGGCUCCAGGAGGGCUCUUUGGCACAACAGCUUUCGGCUCCCCCUCACCAACCUCAGCAGGCGGACGUUUCGGCAGCGCCUCGUCUGCCCGACCAGCAUCGUAUCUCUUUGGAUCCACCGGAAGCAACCCCUCACCUUUCGGAUCACCUGCGCCCCAGGCCAGCCCUGCGAAGCCGUCUGUGGCACCCUACCGAUGGACCCCCGCCUCCAGUGCCGACAAAGGGCCAACGGUUUACGUCACGCCGGAGCAGCUAGCGCAAUAUGAGCAGGAGAUGAACCAGGCAGCUACGAUGCCUCUUCCCGACGAGGACGACAGCGGCGACGAGGGGGCCCCGGUGUGUGACAAGGGCUGUAAUAUCAGGGCUUGGAACUCAUGGUUCAAUUCAGGCUAA